AGAGUGCCCCUGACUGACGGAGCAGAACCAAACAAUGAGCUCACUACGCAGACAACUGAGUCAGCUGGUGGCAGUAUGGCGCUGGAGAAGGAGGGUGGAUCUUUCUCUCUGCCCAGUCCCUAUGUUUCACUUCAGGACCUUCUGCUCAACCACUUCAGAACCAGACCCCAUCCAGAUCCACAAGAGGAAACUCUUCCUGUGGUUUAGCCAUCUUCCUCAGGAGGAAAAACAAUUUGGAGGGUACUUCAGUCCAGAGACCAUGCAUGUUGAUCCACUGAUCCUGGAAAGAAAAGCUGAGGAGAGGGCAGGACUACUAAACUCCCCUCCCCAAACCCUGACCAUCGCUAGUCACUCUGUGACUGUGGAACAGCUAUUUGAGCCCACUGAUGCUUGGAGUGAUGGUAAUGGGGUCAACGUGCUACUAUACGGGGCUGUGGGAACAGGUAAAAGUACAGUGAUCCGAAAGCUGGUUCUGGACUGGUGCUCAGGGACUACCCUAACCCACUUCAAACUACUGGUGCCUUUCUCUUGUGAGGACCUCAGCCAACUGUCAAGGGUUGCUUCCUUAAGGGAUUUGGUGAGCAGGAAGUACCUCCACCUGAGAAAACACCCCCUGCUUAGUGGGGAGGGAAAUCAAGCCAAGGAUGUGCUCUUCCUCUUCAAUGGGAUAGAGAAGAUGAACUUGGACUUCCGGAUUGGAUCCACAGAGCUCUGCAGUGAUCCUAAUGAGGUGCUGUCUCCAGCUGUAGUGGUGGUGAACCUACUGCGGAAGUACCUCCUACCUGAGGCCAGCAUAUUGGCUACCACCAGACUGUCUGCCCUGGACCGUAUCCCUCAGAAGUAUGUGAGUCGGUAUGCACAGAUUUGUGGCUUCAGUGACCCAGACCGUCAGCUGGCAUACUUCACCAGCCGCCUACUGCAGCAGAGUGGGGAGACUGUACGUGUCCAUGAGGCCCAUGCUCUUAUAGAGCUGCUUUACCUCAACCUCCAGAGAGAGAGCCAGUUGGCUGCAGCCUGCUUCUUGCCCUCCUAUUGCUGGCUUACAUGCGCUACCUUGCACUUCCUCCAUUUUACAGACGCCAAAGCACCAAUCCGCACUCUGACAGGCAUAUACACCAGUUUCCUCAGACUCAUCUUUGGGGGUGAGGUGCUGGGCACAGGAACAAAGACAAAUGUGACCAGUCAGGAACACCACAUCUCUUUGAUGUUGUAUGUUGUCCGUACCGUUGGUAAAAUGGCAUUUGAUGGCGUGAAGUACAGACGAACAUCAUUCUCAGAGAAUGAACUGGAGCAGUGGAUAGGAGGGAAGACCAAGACGGAUGAGGAGCUACAUCAGUUGGCCAUGUUCCGUACUGAUGUGCUUGACUUCUUAUUGGCUCCUUGUAUAAAAAGAUGUAAGCAUUUACCAGAAGCUCUACGUGAAGAUGAUCAGAAAUGGUAUGUAUUUGCUGUCCCAGCCAUGCAGGAGUACCUGGCCGCUCUCUACGUCGUUUUAGGAGAAAACAAAUCAGCUCUAGAGAGGCUGACCAGGCAGAUGUCUCUGACCAUUGGUCAGGCAAGCGAGGAUGUCAGCACCCUCUUUAACAUCAUUUCUAAAUUCAUUCCUCUUCGACUAUUUGCUGUGUUCAACCUGCUCAAGCUUUUUCCAGAGUUUUACAAGAAAAUCAGCAGCCACAACAAAGGCAGCAUAGCCAGAACCAUGGCAGCUGAGAUGUUCCGCACAGAGGAUAGCUACAAUGAGGAUGUCCUGGAUCAGAUGGAGCAAAGUCUUUUAGGAGUCCAUGGCCCUCAGCCACAGCACCACAGUGAAGGCCAGCCUUUUGAACUCUACCCCAUCUUCAUGGGUGGACUUUUGCAUUAUGGUAACCGUGUCCUUCUCCAACAACUUGGCUGCAGUAUCCAGAGCACCACUGUGGUCCAAAUCACAAAUGCCCUUAGGAAGCACCUUGUGAGGGCGCUCAGCAAACCACAGCCACCAGAGGAGUUGAUGGAUCUGCUCAUUCUUUUGUAUGAGUUUCAAAACCCCAGACUGACAGCAGAGGUUCUGGCCUCAAUCAGAACCAUCUGCCUCGCCAACAUUCGUAUGACAUCACUCAAAUGCUUCAUACUGAGCUCUGUCAUGUCAUGCACCCCUGCAAGUUAUCACCUUGAAGAGCUGGACCUGUCCUCCUGUCUACUGACUCAAGACAUGCUUCAGAUGCUGUGGCCUGCCUUCAGACACACACACAAUCUCAAUCUGCAGUUUAACAGCCUGGGUCCUGAAUCCUGCAUCCUUCUGAGAGAUCUGCUACAAGAUCCAAAGAGCUCUAUUAGAUCCCUACAACUGUGUGACAAUCCUCUGCUGGAGUCUGGAGCCUGCAUUCUGCUGAAGGCCCUACCAGUGAACCAGUCCCUGAUACACCUUUCCUUGAUGCAUACUGGGCUGGGGGACCAGGGGGCCCUAGAGCUGGCUGAGAGGCUCCAGGAGCAUAAGGGGCUCCAGGAGCUAAAUGUAGCCUAUAACAACAUUGGAGACAGUGCUGCUCUGGCUCUGGUUGAUGCCUGCAGGGAACACCCCAGCAUUCACACUUUACAUGUGUAUCUGAACUCCCUCAGUGAUGUGGGGAAGCAGUCCUUGUAUGUCAGAGGUGUUCCAAGUCACAGCGGCAGUAGCCGGAGAGUCAAGGUCCUGGCUUCAGUCACUGAAGGCUCGGAUAUUUCCGAGGACUGGCACCCCAUCCUCAGCGUCAUACGAAAGAACACCUCAUCCUGGGACCGCCAACGUGUCAAGCAGCAGCUCCAGGUCUUCCUCAGGGAUCUGGAGUGGGGGCGUCAGCAGCAGCAGAACUUCUGGAAGAGGUUGCACUUCCGUAGGGUGGAGAUGGGGGUCCGAAAAACUCUGCAGAUGCUAGAGAAGGACACUCAACCUCAACCCAAAAAAUAAUUUAAAGAAAGAGCAAUACAAAUCCUCAGCAGCAUUUUACAUUUAGGCCUAUGUACAAACUGACUGCAAGCCUUGACAUUCAUAUUCAAACAAGCACAUUUUAUUUGUAUGGCUAUACAUAUAUUACAUAUAUUAUCACAAAUCACAAUGUGUUUCAUAGGGCUUUAACAAGAUGUGACAUCCUCUGCCCUUAACCCUCAACAAGAGUAAGGGAAAACUACCAAAAAAGGAGGACAUUUUUUCCCAGGAAGACAAACACAGACAUAACCCACUCUAUACUGCCUAUGAUUGACUUACUCUGAUAUACUUAUCCUUACUAACCAAUCACCACUCAUACCAAUCUUACCUGAACCAAAAAACCAACAAGUACUGUGAUUAAGUUUACUUUAUAUAUUAUCUCUGCUCAUGUUAACUAUUUCUGCCUUUUUAACUGCCAAGAUGACCCUUGAUGACCUGCCUUACAGCAGAUCCACCAGGGAUCUGUCUCUGAAAGGUCCCUGACAUCAGAACACCAGAUCUGGAACUCACUGAGCUUGUCUCCUCCACAAAGACCUUGAAGAGAACCUCAGUCUGUUUCUUAUAUCCUGGGAUUUCACCUUUCACUCUCUUCGAAUGCUAGGAUCACUAAGGCUGCAUAAAAGAACACACCAGCGAAUACCUAUGCAGAAUGCUUGCUUUCGCAUACUGUAUGAUUGUCUGACCUUCCUUGCAAUGAAUAAAUUACACUUAAAAGAC